UAAUGAAUCGUUUUGGAGAGAUAUUUAGAAAAUGUCUGAAAAAUAAAACAUCAAUCAUAGGUAUGGUUCACGUAAGAAGUCUACCCAACUGUCCAUUGAGUAGAUUAAGUGUUCAGCAAUUGGUAGACAUUUCGUGCGCUGAAACCGAAAUCUACAAGAAAUACCAAUUGGAUGGCAUUUGUGUAGAAAACAUGUUUGACGUGCCGUACGUCACCCGCCGGGACAGUGGUCCCGAAGUAACAGCUGUUAUGACUCGAGUGUGCGCUGAAGUCAAGAAAUGUGCGCCCAAUUUGCCGAUUGGUGUACAGAUUUUGGCCGCACUUAAUCAGGAAGCCGUGGCCGUAGCAGUUGCUGCUGGUCUGCAGUUUGUACGGUGCGAGUCAUUUGUUUUUGGACACAUAGCCGACGAAGGCUAUAUGGACGGGUGUGCCGGCUCACUGCUCCGAUAUCGGCGACAUUUGAACGCCGACCACAUACUAGUGUUGACAGACAUCAAGAAAAAGCACAGUUCGCAUAGCAUUACUAGUGAUGUCAGUAUCGGUGAAACGGCAAAAUCGGCUCAAUUUUUCCUAUCCGAUGGCCUUAUAAUUACUGGUCAAAGUACGGGACAUUUUCCGAAACUCGAUGAACUCAAAGACAUUCAAGAAUUAAAUUUAGGAAUUCCUUUGUUAAUCGGUUCCGGUGUUGACGACAAUAAUGUUGGCGAUUGUAUUGAACAAGAGGUCAGUGCAGUGAUAGUUGGAUCACAUUUUAAAAAGGAUGGCCUUUGGAGUAAUGAUUUGUGUGAGAAUAGGAUCUCUAGGUUUAUGGAUAGAGUACACCAAUGCUCUCAAUAA